GGGCGGCGCGGCGAGCACGAGCAGGCAAGCCGCGCGGACAAGGCGCCCGCGCACUAGUGUAUCGGCCGCGAGACACACAACCCGCUUUUAUAUUGAAUCGACCUUAUUCACACAAUCCAAUCCUGAGCGGGAGGUCGAUAAACCUUCCGUAUAUACCUACGCGGCGGUUCAGUAUUAGUUCGCUUCUCCUACCCGUAUCGCCUUGUUUAUUUUUUAUGGAACAAAUUCAACAGCUGACAACAUGGUCGUAGUGAAGAUUACGGAAGAUAUCAAAGUAGGCGGCGACAAUCCGUGUUUUAUCAUAGCAGAAGUCGGACAGAAUCAUCAAGGUGACAUUGAAAUAGCGAAAAAAUUGAUAAAAGCAGCCAAGGAUUCUGGCGCGAGUUGUGUUAAAUUUCAAAAAACAUGUCUCAAAGAGAAGUUCACAUCGAAAUAUCUGGAAAGGCCAUAUGAUAAUCCCAAUUCGUGGGGCAAAACCUACGGCGAACACAAGAGACAUCUGGAGUUUACAGAAGCACAGUACAGAGAACUGUUUAAAUAUGCCAAUGAGAUAGGAAUAUUGUUUACAGCAUCAGCUAUGGAUAUGGUUUCGUUUGAUUUUCUUGUGAACAUCAAAGUUCCAUUUAUCAAGAUAAGUUCAGGAGAUUCUAACAAUUCUCUGUUCAUGAAAUACGCCGCGUCGAAGAAAGUACCCUUGAUCAUAUCUACAGGAAUGGUGGAUAAAAAGGCCGUUAAAACUAUUUACGAUAUAAUAUCAGGUGAACACAAGCAGUUCUGUCUUCUACACUGCAUCUCUGCUUACCCCGUGCCCUUCGAGGACUGCAAUUUAACAGUUCUACAAGAUUAUAUGAACUCUUUUGAUAUACCAGUGGGGUAUUCCGGACAAGAGCUCGGUACCGCAGUGGCGCUGGGAGCUGUUGCAUUGGGUGCUAAGGUGUUGGAGAAGCACAUUACAUUGGACAAGAGUCUGAAGGGCACGGACCACGUGUGCUCGCUCACGCCCGCGGAGUUCCAGCAGCUGGUGCGUGACGUCAGAGUCAUAGAGGCGGCGUUAGGGAACCCUAUUAAGAAAGUUGUCACAUCAGAAAUACCGUGUAUUGAUAAACUUCAAAAGUCGCUAGUGAUGGGCAGUACGAAAAACAAGGGAGAAAUCUUGUACCCUGGCGAUGUUAAGAUAAAAGUGGCCGAACCAAAAGGAUUGAACGCAUUACAUUUCGAAGAAGUGAUUUACAAAACUCUGGUAUAUGAUAAGAAAGAAGACGAGCCUCUCAACGAAGGAGAUUUCUGUUAAUUCCAUAAUAAAGUACAAACUAAUAUUAAGAAUACCCAAAAGCAGCAACAUAAAACGAAUUAUAAUAUAAGCCUGUAUAACAUAAUAAUUAUAGUUUUUAUACUUAUAAUGUGAUAUAUAAAGUUUUCAAUAUCUUCAUAUCUAUGCAGAAUUAUGAAUAUAUAACCUCUGCAAGGAGGUCAAGGUCAAACUAGAAUUAAGUGUCGACAAGCAAUUUUAUCAGCAAGUGAUCAUUCGUCUGUUGUAGCGUCAUAAUAUUUUUAAAAUCUAUGCAAAGUUCAAUAUAACUCACAAGAAUUUUCUAAA